AUUUGAACAAUAUUUGGAAUUGGUGGGAGUCGGUGUCGACCUAGAGAGGUCGCUUGGGGGAUAUUUUUCGAAUUUUCCAACAAGAUUUCAGCGCGUUUCAGUUUUCAGUUUCAGUCUCGUCGGUAACUACCGCGCGGUACGUUUCAAACCAGGAAAUCAACCUAAAUUAUCAACACCAUCAGUAUUUUUUUUUGUAAACCGGUAAUACAACAACACAAAAUAUAACAAUGCUUUUUUCGCGGCAAGGCGGCAGGCCACGACGUAGUGCCCCAGCAUCCAACGAACCCAAAACUUGCGCACAAUGCAAAGAAACCAUCACAGGAAGCAUUCUGACAGCACUGGGCAAAAGUUGGCACCCGGACCAUUUCGUCUGUGACGGAUGCAAGGAACCCAUCACCGAGACCAAGUUCCACACCAACGAAGACAAGCCAUAUUGCGGCAACUGUCACGUCAAAUUGUUCGCUAAAACUUGUCACGCUUGUGACAAGCCCAUUUUGGACAAAUGCGUCCAGGCCAUGGGAGCCAACUGGCACGAAGACCAUUUCAUUUGCGGCGGUUGCAAGGCCAAGCUGAUCGGCACGCAGUUCAUGGACGUGAAAGGGGCCCCCUUCUGUCAAAAGUGCUACCUGUCAAAGCACGCGGACAGGUGCAAGGGCUGCUCCAAACCCAUCGCCGACAAGGCUGUCAUUGCUCUUGACGCGAAAUGGCAUCAGAUGUGCUUUAGGUGUUCGAAAUGCGAGAAGCCAAUCACCAAAGAGCAAUCCUUUCAAGUGGACGGUGGAAAGCCUCAAUGCGUCAAAUGCUAAUUUGACAUUUAAUUGACACAUACGUGCAUACACACAUAAGAGCUUUUUUAUUUUUGAUAUAACCAAACCAAACUUAUUUAUUAUUAAUUUGACUCGAAUUUCUUAUAUAGAGAAUUUAUAUAUACGGUAGGUUUUUUGAUAGCUUUAAAUUUCCGGUACGAAAAAUCAAUUGUCCCUCACCGUAUAAUCGAAUAAAAACGACGUCACAGUAGGCAAAGAACAACGUUUCAAUUUUAGCUUUACUAUGUCUUGCUUACCUUUAAAUGGUUCUCGAUUAUAUUGGCACUGCAGUCAUGCGUUAUUUCGACGCUUACUCUGACGGUGUUUUUAUUUUUUUUCCGUCACGCGGUUCAAUUAAAUGAAAAAGAAAGAAAAAUAAUUAGUCAACGCAAAAAACUGCCGGAAAAUUUCGAAGCUACAAAAAUCAGCUUCCUACACCAGGC